AGUAGAUCUUCUUUGGACUGCUUCCCCCCCAAGACCCUUUGCAGCCUCAGAAGCUGUUGCUGUGCAAAACAAGCGCCUUUGUGAAAGCUUCUCCAAAAAUAAAAGCUUUUUUUUUUUUAAUGGGGCAUUUGCACUACCUCCAAAUCAGCCUGGCAACUGGGGUGCUUUGGGUCUUGCUGGUAGGGGGGAUGGAUUUGCACAGGCAGGAAAAGAUGUUGUUAAAAUCUCUGGGGCUGAAUAUGAGGCCCAGCCCCAGAUCUCCAGCCCCAGUGCCCCCUCUGGUUUGGAAGAUGUUCCAGAAGAGAGCCAGGCUUUCUCCAGCUGCAAAGGAAGGGAAAGGACUUUGUUGGGUGGAAGAAUUUAAGAUACCCGGGAACAUCAUCCGUGUUUUUCCAGAUCAAGGCCAGUUCAUGCACAGGGAUGAGCCCCGGAGCUGGUUGUGUCUACAAAAGCGGCUGUAUUUUAAUUUCUCUGCCCUGGAUGAAGGGGAGCAGGUGACCAUGGCCCAGCUGGAGAUUAGGUUCCACCACAAUCAAUACCAUGCUGCUAAGCCGGGUUACCCUUUUGAGCUGACCCUCUACAAGGCUUCCCAAAUGGCCCUGUGGGGCAUGUCCAGCCACGCGUACAGCCGGAAGCUCUUGGCUGAGCAGUCCUUCAUCCACUUGUAUAAGUCGUUCGUCUUCAAUCUGACUGAGGUGGCAAAGGGUUGGCAAGUCCCCACUAGGAAUUUGGGUCUGGUCCUUGAAAUUGGUGUCCCAGCUUCCCCAGAGCAACAGCUUUGCUCCAGCAUCGAUUCUUUCCUUGAGGCCUCCCUGCUUGUGGUUUCCCUCACCCCUAAAGACUGCAGAAGUGCCCGGAAGAGACGGAGUACUUACUAUGUCCCAGCUGCUGCCAGCAACAUUUGCAAGCCACGCCGGUUGUACAUCAGCUUCAGUGAUAUCGGCUGGGAGAACUGGAUCAUUGCCCCGCAAGGUUACCUGGCUAACUACUGCCUGGGGGAGUGCCCUUUUCCCCUAACAGAGGAACUCAACAGCACCAACCAUGCCAUUUUGCAAACAGUGGUGCACUCUCUCGACCCUGAAGGGACCCCCCAGCCUUGCUGUGUCCCAGUGCGCCUUUCGCCCAUCUCUAUCCUAUAUUACGACAACAAUGAUAACGUUGUGCUGAGACAUUACGAGGACAUGGUUGUAGACGAAUGCGGAUGCCGAUAAAUGGGGCAAUAUGUUCCCUUGCGCGGCUCUGGCUGAGGUCAGCAGACUCAUUUUGAUUGGGUAGUUGUGCAGGGGGGCAUUGCCUAGACUCUUCUUGCUGCAUCUCUGUUGGAAACCAAAUUAUCCAUACCCCUUUGGUUUAUAAUGCGCUGGCAUGUUAGGGGAUCGCUCCACUUCCACGGACGACUGCUUGCUUAAAAGGAUUUCAAAAUCUCAAAAUUUUAUUUUCUGCGUCAAAAAUCUAUUUUCUGAAGCUGUGCGUAAGUAUUGUCAUGGGGGGGGGGAGUUGCCUUUUGCAGGGUUGCACCAGGAUUUUAAACAUCAGUUAUCACUUCCAGAUUAUUUUCUUGGGAUAAAAAUAUAUCUUCAGAAUAUAACUCUAAUGGUCACCGCGAUGAUAAUUGAAUAAGUUGUUUUUUACAAAUGUUUUAAUAACCUUUGUGUGUGGGGGUUGCCUGUGUGAGUUUUUGCUGGAGAGAAGGGAAUCUGUUUGUCGUAAUUAAAACAGAACUAAAAUGAGGUUGAGGUCUCUUUUUAAUUGAUGGGGGGUUAAAGCAACAACAGUAUACACACUUGCCUGGAACUAAAGCCCACUGAACCCUUUGAAUUGAGUACACAUGCAUAGCACUACAUG